AUUAUGAUACGGCUUUCGACGUACAAGAUAUCGUUAUCUAGGUAUUUAUAUAGCUUUCUGUCAAGUCUGUAUAUCAUGCGUCGAGCCAAAUUCGCGAGGGUGAGGGGUGGUAGGUGAUAUGAACCUUAUAACUGAGGCCCUUCUAAUUCCUUUUUGGUCUAUUAAACAAGUUAACGGAACUGAUAGCCUUGUCCAGAUCGAAGCUUUCCUGUAUUUACAUGGUUCUGAACAUGUUACUGAGGCUAUAUCAGCUGACUUGGGCGGCUGCCUUGGGAAUAGCAAUGCUUUUCAGCAUUGGUGCUAUAAAGACGAGUGCACUGGCACUCGAUCUCGGCCCAGGGUCUACUGCCCCAGUCCGCCCAUUCCCCCUUGACCAGGUGCGACUUGGAAAUGGGCUGCUGCAAGAGAAGCGCGACAAGAUCAAAGCAUUUCUGCGCUCAUACGAUGAGCGGAAAUUCCUAGUCCUUUUCAACAAACAAGCUGGAAGGCCUAACCCCAGUGGCGUUACUCCUCCUGGUGGUUGGGAGGACGGUGGACUUCUGAGUGGACAUUGGACAGGCCACUUCAUGACGGCCCUGUCUCAAGCAUACGUCGACCAGGGCGAACAGAUUUUCAAAACUAAGCUUGACUGGAUGAUUACUGAACUGGCUGCAUGUCAGGAUAAGAUCACGGCGCGUAUCAAGGGGGCAGCCGGUACUGGCGACGCUAGCUGGAUCCCGACAUUUCCUGGUUACCUCGGUGCCCUACCAGAAGAUACUGUCCUCCGCCUGGGCCCCCCGCGUUGGGCAGUCUAUGGGAGCAACCUCGAGACCAAUACAUGGGCGCCCUGGUACACGCAGCACAAGAUAAUCAGAGGAUUGCUGGACGCGUAUUACAAUACCAACAGCUCGCAGGCCCUUCAGAUAGUUACAAAGAUGGCCGACUGGGCCUACCUUGCGCUUACUAUCGGCGACAAAAACCACUCUCGAUAUACCGGAAACUUGACUAGGGAUGACCUCAACUAUAUGUGGGACUUAUAUAUCGGCGGGGAAUACGGUGGCGCCAACGAGGUAUUCCCAGAAAUAUAUCAACUUACUGGCAAUCCGCACCACUUACAAAUCGCUAAAAUCUUCGACAACCGGGAGUCCCUUUUCGGCAGCGCUGUGAAUAACACAGAUAUACUAGUAGUUACUAGCGACAAAAUCCCAGGUCGACGUCGUCCAGCACGCCUUCACGCCAACCAGCACGUACCUCAAUUCAUCGGUUACCUGAGAGUCUUCGAACAUGGAGGUGAGACAGAGUAUUUCAACGCAGCCAGGAAUUUUUAUAACUGGGUAGUUCCGCACCGGUAUUUCGCCACUGGCGGCGUCGGAGGUGCCUAUCCUGGCAGUGAUACCAACUACGAACUGUUCCAGAACCGGGACAAUGUUGCUAGGGCAAUGGCCGGGCCCGGUGCUGAGACAUGCACAGCGUAUAACAUGCUCAAAUUGGCACGCAACCUGUUCUUACAUGAGCAUAACGCCACGUACAUGGACAACUACGAACGUGGCUUGUUCAACCAAAUUGCCGGGUCACGCGCGGACACAAGCAACACCCGCGACCCGCAACUCACAUACUUCCAGUCGCUCACUCCGGGUAUUCCUCGCGACUUUGGCAAUACCGGCACUUGCUGUGGUGGCACUGGAAUGGAGAGCCAUACUAAGUACCAGGAGACAGUUUACUUGCGCUCGGCAGACGGUUCUACACUCUGGAUCAACCUAUACAUCCCAUCUACUCUAUCCUGGGCCGCCAAGGGAUUUGUGAUAAAGCAAGAAACAGAUUUUCCUCGUGGAGACACGGUAAAGCUCACAAUCACCGGACAAGGUCCAUUGGACAUCAAACUACGGGUCCCCGCCUGGGUCCAGAAAGGAUUCAAAGUAGCCAUCAAUGGUCUGACUCAGACUAGUCCUGUGGCACGACCUGGAACAUAUUUAACAUUGAGCCGGAAUUGGCAAACAGGAGAUGUAGUUGAAGUGAACAUGCCGUUUAACAUCCGCAUAGAGCGCGCGUUAGACCGUCCAGAUACUCAAGCCAUCAUGUGGGGACCUUUGGUGCUGCAAAUCGUUGGCAAAACGACCACUGCCAACGACGGGUUUGCGGGGCUUUCACUCUAUCAACAUCUCAAGCGAGAUGGAGAUUAUUCUGUGGUAGCUAUAAAACGUACAGGAACCUCGGCUGCUGGAGACCCGACCUUUCAAAUUGUUGGCACUUUGGCUGCGCGCCCCUACUACAUUGCUGAUUCCCAGUCGGUAUCCUCCUACUUCCGACGCAUAGAGUCAACUGUUGUGUUUGGUACAAUCAACACUGGUGUACCUAAUCGUAAACGAAAUGAUGGUUUGCCAAAGUACGAUGUUCCCGUUUCUGGUGUCAUUUUGCCGGGCAAAGAUGGUUUAACCUUCCUGGACAUAGUUUGGGACCAGGCACCCUUUGAUACACAUGAAUCUUUCGUCGAAGCUGUCACCUCGACCGCAGACGCCUUUGUAAAAGCUGGCAUUUAUAGCACUACGGACAGGAAUACGAUUAUAUCCAAGGCUCUCCAGGCAGAGCAAGAGCUGGACUCCAAAUAGGUACCACAACAUCUGCAGCUAGCAUUGCUGAGCUCAAUCAACACACUCUUAUGGUUCGAGUUCAUGAGCCUUUUCACUGCUAUUGGCAUGUACUGGCAGAGCGGUAGAAACAAUAUUAGUAAUUGAGUGGUAAUCCGCGUAUUAUAUCCAGUAUCAGAGUAUUAUUAUCAAAAGGUGUAGUCAUGUGUUUAAUCAUAUUGAAAUCUUA